UGAGUAUUUAUCCUGUUAAGGCUAAUGUAUUUAUUCUUGGUUUAUGGUUUGAUUUGCUAUCCGAAUCAACGAAGAAUAUGCAGGUAAUAAAAGGGCAAUAUCUCUACACUCAGAACUUUUCGGAUGCUUGCAGAGGCCCUUUGCUUAGCGGCUUCCAUCUCCAAGCCUCAGUGGAAACAUGAGGUGGCAAAGGCUUUUAAAGAAUAUUUCCAAGAAGUUCAUCUUGCAGGAUUAUGGUAUAAAGUCCGAACUCAACCUUUUACUACCAUCAUUGGAAUUAACAGCUCUGGUCGAAGCUUCUGGGUUUCUGCCAUGAUGAAGGAUAUUGAGAAGAAGAACAUUCUUGCUGUUCAAACUCUGAGAAAUGCCAUAAUGGGAUCAACUCUUAUGGCUACAACCUCCAUCCUUCUUUCGUGCGGCCUGGCCGCGAUUCUCAGCAGCACCUACAGCAUCAAGAAGCCCGUCAACGAAUCCGUCUUCGGUGCCCACGGCGAGUUCAUGUUGUCUCUCAAAUAUGUCUCCAUUCUCACCAUCUUCCUUUUCUCCUUCUUGUGCCAUUCCCUUUCCAUCAGAUUUAUCAACCAAGUGAAUGUUUUGAUCAACACUCCACAAGACCCGAUGUCGCCCGUCACGCCCGACUACGUGUCAGAGUUGUUCGAGAAAGGCUUCGUUCUCAAUACGGUCGGGAAUCGUCUCUUCUAUUCGGCUGUUCCUCUUUUGCUUUGGAUAUUUGGACCUGUGCUUGUGUUUCUAUGCUAUCUCACUUUGCUGCCUCUCCUUUAUCAUUUGGAUUUUGUUUCUUCUCAUGCUCAUAACAAAAACAACACCACCAAAGUCGAAGCCAAUAAUGCUAUUAUUCUUGGUAAUGAAAACUUUGUGUAGCCAUUUCACAAAAUUAUGAGAUGUAUCUAUCAAAUUUGGCUCACAUUCUUUCCCCUUUUCUUCUUCAUCUAUUGAAUAUGUACUCCAUCAUCUUUUGGAAGACUUAUAACAUUCUCACUCUUUUGCAUCAAAAUUCUU